AUGUACGGUCCUGUUAACGCUCUUACGAAUAUCACGGUCUUCGCAUACGAUAUCUGGGUCAGUUCGAUAGAAUAUCAACGCCUCGCGCCGGCCGUCAGACGCAAACGAGGCCUGUGUGUACCAACCAACCUGCGAAUCUCUGGCCUGUGUGUCCGGUUCCUUGGUCCUGGCCUCGGGGGGCUUUUGCGUGCCUGGUGGCUCUCUGUCUGCCGCAGACGGGCCGAUGCUGGGGCGGGACUUGUUCGGCCUUGCUCGUCGGCACUGCCGCCUCGCAGCGGUCGACACCGUGCUCGGAGUCGUCGAGUUGGACGCGCGAGCGUCUGGCACCGACACGGCGCACGGGCGGGGGCACGUUGGCACACACCGGCAUUGGAGACGGGUAGCAGUCUAGGUAGUGGAAUUGGAAUUGAGGAAUUUAGAGUCUGCGGAUGGCGGUCCCUCCCUGCCUCGGUGCCUCACGUGAGGCGCGGCAUUGUCUGGUGCAGGGUCUCGGCGCGGAGACUGGCCCUUUCGGCAUGGCCACUGGUGGCACAACGGUCGCAGCGUGUGGCGUCGAUCGAGGGCACUGCACACGAUGGCCCAGGGUGUCUGCCCGCACCGAUUGGUGCGUCGGCGCCUGCGUGGAAAGAGGAUCGAGAUGGGCUGAUGUUUCGGCACGACCGUACCUACACAGCUCGGGAACGGCUGCGCUGUAAUCAACACGACCUAGAAGUUCUCUUGAGCGCUGGCGGCGGAGCGCUGGCAGCGCCCCGUGGCCUGUGGCCACCGUUACCUUUCCAGCGCCGCGGCCCCGCUCUUCCCGCUCCGCCUGCCUGGGUGACCUUCCAUUUCAAAGCCAUCAGUCCCGUCCGCUCCGCUGUCUCUAGCGUCCACUGCCGUCAUGUUACAUCACAUAAGCGGCAGUUGACUGACUUGCUUCUUCCAUCCCGCGACAGGUGGCCUCUUCUCAGCGUCCUUUCCCACCAACAGACCUUUUGCCGUGACUGGUCAUCGCGGAAUCUCUUGACUGACGAAUCGUGA